AUGUCUCUGGAGGAAGAGGAUGUACCGGUGACUUUACCGGAUCUACCGCAGUUUAGUGCAGUGGAGAGUAACAAGCUGAGCAUCAUUGGCAGAACUUUGAAUCCUGAUAGUCAACGGAUGAAGGAUUUGAUUCUGGAUAUGCCUAGGAAGUGGCAGGUAUACGAUAGAGUUCGUGGAGUGGCUCUAUCGUCAACAAUGUUUCAGUUCAUAUUCAAGCAUGAACAUGACUUGGAGGAAGUUAUGAGGAAACGGGUAUGGACUUUCAACGAAUGGAGUGUGGUGAUCGACCGAUGGGUAGAGAAGCCUCCAGACGACUAUUUGAAGUACCUAUUGGUGUGGGUUCAGCUGCGCAAUAUCCCGGUGAACCACUACACGAAAGAGGCUAUCGAGGCUUUUGCCGAUGUGCUAGGCAAAGUGGAUGUAGUUGUGUAUGACCCAAGUAAAGCUCAAAGUAAUGACUAUGUUAGAGUCAGGGUGUUUUUCGACGUGGCUAGGCCUGUGAGGAAAACGAAGGUCUUUAACAUCCCGGGUUGUGAAGCGGUGACAAUCCGUUAUGACUUUGAGAGAGUGCAAAAACGGUGCUACCAUUGUCAGCGCUUAACUCAUGAAAAAGAAAAGUGUCCUCUCUUGAUCCAAGCGAGGAAAGACCAGGCGAUGGAGAGAAGGAAUAAAGUGAUGCUAGAGAAUCAGAAGAAAGCUCUUUUGAUCCAAAAGGAUGACCCUUUGUUUGGUGUUCUGAGCGAGGCUCAAGUGGGUAUUGAUGCAGUAACUGGGAGAAGGAAGAUUAAUCCUGAAGUGCUUCAGAAUAUGCGCGAGUACCUUCUAGCAGCAGAUGGUGGAGAGAAACGAGUACGAGAGGAAAGAGUUACGAAGUCAGUGCAGGACUUGGAGAAUGAUAGUGAGGGUCAAAGAAACUUCUUAAGACUAGAGGGCCCUCCAUUGGUGAUAACUGAAGUGGACAAAGAUAAGGGGAUUGUUUUUGACUACUCUUUAAAAAAUGUAGAGAACAAUUUGGAGAGAAGAAGAUUGGAAACUGACAUCCUAGACAACUCCAAGGCCGAUGUCUCUACUAGAUCGAUGCCUUGUCAAGCUGCUCCUCUUGAGUUUUUUGAAUGUUCAACGGGUUUUACUUCUGGUUAUACAGAAGCUAACUCUUCCGGGACUUCGAAGCUCACGACAGGGAGAAGGUUUAGACCACCAAAGCGGAUGAGAAGAUUCAAACCAAAACUGACUGGAGGUUUCAGUACUGAAGAAAAAGGGAAGAGUGUCGCGGUUCAGUGUGACAAGGUUUCGAAUAAGAGAAGAGCAUAG